AUGACGUCUCGAUCGAGCGCGUUCCGCACGCGCAUUCCCAGGGCGUCGGCGUGCGUGCGGCGGGAGGCGAUGGACGCCGCCGCGGUCGACGUCGACGCCGCGAUCGGACGACCGAGUGGGAAGGAGAAUGCGUCGAUGACGAAGCGAAUCGACGUUUCGUCAAAGAAAAGGCACGCCGACGACGUCUUCGCGAGCGAUCGAGGGGAGAAGCGCGCGCUGGUGGCGACGACGACGAGUUCGGCGCGAUCGGUGGCGCGGGAGGGAGGGGACGGGGCGCGGCGGCGAUCGGACGCGAGCUCGGGGGCGGUGACGCGCGCGGACGCGGACCCGGCGGACGCCGAGCUGGAGGCGCUGCUGACGAAACAUCCGCGCGGGAAGGAUAAGUUUGAUAAGAUUGGGAAAGCUCGAGCGGCGGAUGAAUAUCUGGCGGAGUUGAGACCGGCGGUGCGAGCGGCGAUGUCGCGGGCGAUGGAUCUACGCGUGGAGUUGGCGAACGCGGAGGGGAAAUUUGAGCGCAAGUCGCAGGCGAUACGCGACAAGCUGAGAGAAGUUGAACAAGGGAAGGCGAGCGUGGAGACGCAGUUAAGGGAGGCUCUGAGGGAACAAGAGCGAUUGGAGGUAGAAGCCAAGCGCUCGGCUGAGCUCGCGAGGUCGAGCGAUCGGGCGAAGGGCGAGGCAGAGCGAGUGAAGAAGGAAGCGUUGGAAGAGGCGGAACGCGCACGCGCCGAGGCGGACGCGGCGACGACCAGAGCGGAUGGAUUGAAGGACGACGUUGAACGUUUGGAAGGAGAAAUCGUCGGUCUGAAGCGAUCGCUCGCCGAAAUCACGAAGGAGAUGGAGGAAAUGAAGACGGCGAACGUGUCGCUGCAAGAAGAUAAAUCAAAGCUCACGAUGGACAUCGGAACGCUUCGAGGGGAGAAGAGCGGGUUGGAAAUGCAAGUCGAGGCGUUGCAACAGCAAGCAGUAGAGCAUGCGAACGAGCGCGAAACCAUGCGCGAGGCAACAGACCGUUUGCACAACGAUCUCGCGAAGACGCGCGCGGAGAAGGAUGGAAGCUCUCAGGCGAUGACGCGCGCACUUGAGGAUGCCGUCGAGGCAAGAGCCAAGGCGGCCAAGUGCGCGAGUGAAGCCGAGGCCGCGGGUGAGCGCGCUCGGCGAGCUGAAGACGCGUAUAAUCACGCGACGGCGGAUUUACAGCGCGCGAGAAACGAACGGAACACGGCACAAGAGCAGAUCAAUACGCUCAACACCGAAAUAGAGUUGUUAAAGCCACAGCUCGCCGCGGUGGAAGAAAAGCUCAAGACGAGCGCGAAGCGCGUGGAAACGACCGAACGUGAGCUUCGAGCGACGACGACGUCGAAAGAAGCUCUCGAUUCCAAGGCCGAAAAUCUCACUGAGGCGUUGCGUCUCCUUGAGCGAAAGAUGACGAUGCAGAUAGAACGUGCAAACGCCGCUGACCUUGAGUGCACUCGUCUCAACGCCGAGCUCAUCGCCGCUCGAGCGAGUAAAGACGCCCUUGAUCCAAAGCUUUCAAAACUCGGAAACGAACUCGCCGACGCUCAGGCAGAGGCGAGACAGCUGAGACACGAAAAGGAGCGCAUGGAGAAUGACAUCUCAUCCAUGAAGCACGCCGCGCAGUCUCUUGAAGGCGAAAAUGCGAGACUCAAAUCCAAAUGUAGCACGCUCGCGAUGGAGAGAACGACCUUGGAAGAGAGACUUAACUCCGAGGUGGAGCUGCGCAAGGGAUUCGAGGAAGAUCUGCGUCAAUCAAAGAAACUUCUUAGCAAGGCAAAUCAGAGUGCUGCUGAUGAGCGUGCCAAAGCCAUGGCGGCGCAAGACGCAAUCGAGGACGCAAACUCGGUUAGGCAACAACUCGUCGCACUUCAGCAAGCGCAUACCACGCAAGGAGAUGAAAUGGCUCGAUGCAAGAUGGAACUAGCGAACAUCGUUAGCGAUGAACGUAGCACUUCUCAGCUCAUUGCUCGUUUGCAAGAGGUGAAGAAUGAAUUGGCAUCUCGUGAAGAGGAGCUUCGCCAGGCGCUGAUCACGCGACGACACUUGCAUAACACGAUUCAGGAACUUAAAGGUAACAUUCGCGUGUUCUGUCGAAUCAGACCGCCUUCUGAAACAGAGAACUCGUUCGGAGAUGACAACAUGCGCGUCGAUCGCAAGGGCGAAUUUGCAGGGCGCAGACUUGAGAUUGCUCCACCAGAUGCACCAAAGAAGUACGAUUUCACCUUUGACCGCGUCUUCGCGAAGAACGGUGAUCAGAAAGAAGUGUUCGACGAAGUGUCUUUGCUCGUGCAAAGCGCUCUCGACGGGUACAAAGUGUGCAUAUUCACGUAUGGCCAGACGGGUAGCGGUAAGACGUACACAAUGCUCGGUGGAAAGGGCGACGAACGCGGUCUGAUCCCGAGAUCCAUGGAGCAAAUAUUUGCCUCUCAAUCGUUGCUCGAGAAGAAGGGAAUGAAGGUGUCGAUCACCGCCACUCUACUCGAGAUUUACAACGAAGACAUCAGAGAUUUGCUCACCACUGCUUCCGGAAAAACUGAACACAAGAUUAAGCACGAUGAUGAAGGAAAUACGCACGUGACGAACGUCACCCAGUGCGAAGUCUUUUCCCCUGCAGAUGUCGAAUCUCUCAUGCAGCAAGCGAACGCGGCUCGAGCGGUGGCGAAAACGAAUAUGAACGACAGAAGCUCGAGAUCACAUAUGGUGAUGAGUCUUUGCGUCGACGGGGUCAACGAAGCCGGCGAACCAAUCCACGGCGCACUCAACUUGGUUGAUCUCGCCGGAAGCGAGAGACUGAAGACGACCGGCGCCACGGGCGAUCGUCUAAAGGAGGCGCAAGCGAUCAACAGCUCCCUCUCGAGUCUUGGUGACGUCAUUUUCUCACUGGCGAACAAGGAUAAGCACAUCCCGUUCCGAAACAGCAAGCUGACAUAUCUGCUGAAAAACUCCCUCGGCGGCGAUUCUAAAACGUUGAUGCUGGUCAAUGUGUCGCCUGCUUUAGAAAGCGCUCAAGAAACCUUGUGCUCUUUACGCUUCGCGUCCAAGGUGAACACGUGCGCGCUGAAAAGCGCUAAAUCAAAGUCUUCCAAACCAAAUUAG